UUCUCUUUGCCAACGUGCGCGUUCCCGAGAGGGAUCGGUAGAAAAUGGCGAGUCUGUGCAAGAAGCAGCAAUGCACGAUCGAGAGGCGAGGCUUUCGGCAGGAACUUGACUCGUGGCGGCACAAACUCAUUCAUUGUGUAGGUUUUGAGAGCAUUUUAGAAGGGUUGUUUGGGUCGGGGCUGCUAGAGGAUCUAACGUUAUUUAAAGAUGUUUCUCCCGGAUCCACAGACUGUGAGCCUGAAGGUGUGUCAGACUGGUCAUUUGAUGAGAACUGCCUGUUCUGCUGCUUAAGACGAGACAAAGUCAAGGAGCACUUAGUUGGCCUGAGCAACCAGGGGUUGGAGAGUGGGGCUAAACCCCUGCUGGUCAAAGACCAGAUUAAGAUCAACAGACUCGAGAAACAAGCUGAGGAAUUCCUCAGUGCAGUCCUCUACAAAAAAGAUGUCCCCAGCUUCUCAGACCUGCACAUUCCAGUAGUGGCUCGGGAGAUAAUGCAGAGGAUGAUCCGCCAGUUUGCUGCCGAAUAUACCUCAAAAAACAGCUCCUCUUCUCAGGACAUCCCCUCUGCCCCCAGCCCUGCUACCCAGCCCCACUCAGAUCAGAGCCUGCCACCUCCCCCCUCGCUGCCCCCUGCUGCCAGCCUUGGUGGUACUGCUACAUCCUCCGUACCCAGCCAGAACCCUGUCCUCUCCAAGCUGCUUAUGGCCGACCAGGACUCGCCUCUCGACCUCACUGUCAAAAAGCUUCCGCCACAGCCUGUAGAACAAGAUGGAGUCCUGGACCUGUCACUCAAAAAGGGAUGGGCCAGAAGCAGCAUGUCAUCGCACCACAGCCCUCACCUUUCCCAGAUGUCCACUCUCAGAGGUGAAUGUCUGGAGCUGAGUCCAGUGAAGGCCAGGGACCUCCAGUCCACUUCCACGCUGGAGCAGUUCAUGACCAAGCUGUGUCUGCAUCACCGGAGGCAGAUUGUCGACUCUCUGGGCUUCCUACAGACAGAGGUUAAGACUAUAUCCUCCUCCAGCACAUCACCAGCCUCUGCCUUCAAAACCUCUUGCUCAGUCAAGCACGGUGCCCUUCAGGGUCCUAGUCCUGAACCCUGCCUGGAGAAGGGGAGGACUGGCCAGAAACUUCCCAUGGCUUCCACUCCCAAAGGACUGGUGGAGGGGGGAGAGACAGUUGGUACCAGGAGUAGCAGGUUGGCAGCCCCAGAGCAGACCCCUGAGACUGAUGUGUCUAGAAAUGUAUCUGGGGCCGCUGGGCCAGCCUUAGAUUUCCGUAAAUCUGGCCCAGGGGAGUCUAAGGCUUUGGCAAACCUUCUCAGAAGCACAGAGGACGGUGAGAGUAAACCUCUUAGUGACCAUGCUCCUCUAAAGAUCAAAAUCAUGAAGUCCAGCAGCCUGGCUGAUGGUAAGAAGCUGUCCUGUGUGCUCACCACCUCUCUUCCUGCUCUCGCCGGUACUAUGGAUAAACAGCAGGGCAAUUCUGACUCUUCAAUCAAAGCAGAUAGUUACAGCGAUGGCCCCAGCUCCUCUGUGAAAAGGCACAAUGAUGUUAAUCAUCCAAUAAGACAAAGAGGCUCCUUUGGACGUACCAGAGAUAUGCUGGUCAAACAGAGUCCACCCCAAAAGACCCCCACCAUCAUACCCCCAGUUUCCCCCAGGACAGCAAGGAAGACCUUGAAGGGGUCUUCCUACCAUCGGCCUAGGGACGCUUCUUCGCUGUGUCAGUUUGUAACCGACCCAGAUCUCGGCCACUGCGACAUUGUCUACAUUGACAAACCAAUCACAGACUGUUUCCAGAAAUGGCAGCACCGUCGGUUCCCGCGAAACAACGCCAGGAAAAGCACCAGAGGUCACAUGUACGUGGAGGAGAUGUGGGAGCUUAAGACUGUCCGUACAUUAGCCAGAAAGUCUGCCCGCAACUCUAGUGGCAACUCUCUCACUCCAAUGCCAGAUCUCAACACUCUGGUCACCCCUAAACAGCUGCUUGGCAAGCCUGAGGGUGUACCUCUUGUGGAUAUGCCCUUCAUUGGAGGUAUUUUAGAGACGGUCAGUCAGAGAACUCCCUCGGAGCAUUCAGCUGAAAGGGAGUUGGCUGGGGAUGUAGAGACUGCAGCAACAUCAGCCAGUGAGGUGGAGCUAAUCGUUAAGACUAAUCAGACAGACCAGAGUCUAUGCAAAGAACAGACUGCCCCUCCAUCUCCUUCACAGUGUCCCCCAGUGGAGAACGAGCAGAGUGCAGGGACAGACUCAGAGCAGCCAAGGCUGAGUGUAGCACCAGAUAGUCUAGCUCGUACUGUGGUUGAGACCGCACAUCAGGAUUUAAACAGUGUUAUUAAUGACAUCGUUUUGAGUGAAAGCCCAGAGCAGGUGGUGAUGGGGAAAGAUGUGAACCCAUCACAUAAGACUUCAGAAGAAGCUGAGCUUGUACAGGAUCAGCUGCAGACUGUGCCAGAGGGCCAGAACGUAAUCUCUGAUACCCAACAAAAGGAAUCUGAAUCCCCAAGCCCUUCCAUGGAGAGCACUGGAAACAAGGAGGAGAAUGAGGUAGUGAAUGCAAGUGCAAUUGGUAAAGAACAGGCCGAGCCACUGGAACCUCAGAGUCCAGUUGACCAGAAACCAUCUGAGGGCUCUGGAGGAGAAGUUGGCACUGAGGUUCCCACAGAGAGUGAAAGGAUGGAGGUGCAGGAAACGGGCAAGGUUGAACCAGACUGGGCUCCAGGUGACGGCAACAAUGUGCCUGAAGAGAAAAGGACAGAUGCUGAUUCGUUCUCUAAAAAGGCAGAUGAGGCAGUUGUGAAACAAUCACCUCCAAGGUGUUCUGAAAAACAGGGUAUUCCAGCACGGGUGAUUCCUUCAAAGGUGAAGGAAACUGCAGUGAUUGAGACCGAGAAUAUGAUUAUAUGUGGAUAUGUGAAUGGUAGACCUAUAGCGCAGUCUGACAGAUGUUUGCGUGAACGGCCAGCUAAAAACACCCCAGAGUCUACUCCUACGAAGACUAAACGCCCCACUAAGACCUCUCUGAAACAAUCCGAGAAACCUUCUGAGAAGAUGCCAGAAAUUCCUCAAGUCUCAUGCCCUCCAGCCGAACUGAUCAAAAUCCCUGUGUCCAAACAUCCCACAAAAACCUUUAAAGCAACUCAGAACCUGCCUGACACGAAGACCCCUGUGGAAGCGAGCCAGAUCACGUCUGACGCAAGGGCCCCUAUAACAGCAAGACUGAGCAUUCCUGACACUCCUCCAGUCGCAGACACACCAAUCGACUCCACCAGGAACCCUGAGCCCAGACACCCGCUCAGAUCAGCCAGACUGCAUCAGCGAGGAGCUGUCGCCCAGCCCCCUCCCUGUCGCCCCGGCCCCCUCCCUGUCGCCCCGGCCCCCUCCCUGUCGCCCGGCCCCCUCCCUGUCGCCUCGCCCCCACUCCCUGUCGCCUCGGCCCCACUCCCUGUCGCUUCGCCCCCCCCCCUGUCGCCUCGCCCCCACUCCCUGUCGCCUCGGCCCCACUCCCUGUCGCUUCACCCCCUCCCUGUCGCCUCGCCUCUUCUACCUGUUGCCUCGCUUCUCCUCCCUGUAGCCUCCCCUCCCCUCCUAGUUGCCGUUACUUUCAUUGUACCCCCAGAACCAUCUACCUCCCUCCCACUCCCCUGCAUCAAGUUUAAUCCUCCCCUCCCUGUUGCCUCUCCUCUUCUUCCUAUCGUCCCCAGUGCAGUCACCCAGAGCUCCGAAGAGCUGAAAGUUGCAAGAGCUCAGCCAGCUCCAAAACCCAAACCCAGCAAGACACAGAACACUGCAGUGGAAACUAGGGUGCAAACUAGACCAAAGCUCAGGUCGUCAAUGGUGGUAGUAGCAAAGGAGGUUGAAGAGGUUGUGAGUCUGCAAGUUAGCAAUGAGGUUUCUGCUCUCACAGAGGGUACAAGCAUUAAAAAGAGUGAGGCGCAAGCACAUAGUAGUCCACUAAGACACAAAAUAAUUCCCCAAAAGAAAGGAGAACAAAGCAAAUUUACUCCAUCUGAGGGAGAACCAAGCAAAUUGACUUCCCUGAAGAAUUCAGAGGAACCAGCUUUGCUGAAGAAGGCAGAGGCACCAACUUCAAUGGAUAGCAAAAUUCUAUCUGGAGAUUUCAGCAAGUCUUCCAUCAGCAGUGCUUUAGACAGACCUGGGCGAAUGCCGUUGAGGAGUGAGAGUAGUAAAACUGAAGUGGCCAGCCAGUCCAUUACCCCGACAAUUCCACCGACAGCGUUGGAGAACAGAAAGUCCGCUUUGAGAGUCCAGAGGUCACCCAUGUCCUCAACCAGUGCUCCAAUCACAGCUGAGAAAAGGAGUGGGGUGGCAUCUUCCAUGAGGCUGAAAUCCCCAGUGAGACUCUCAUCACCCAUUAAGGUUAAGGUCAAACCUGAGAGGAUAAUCAAGUCUCCACUAAGGGAUUCUCCUUUGCUGGUCAGUUCUCCUCUUCCCUCCAGCUUAGACACUCCUCUCCUCCUGCCCAAACUGGAGCCCCCAGUACAGUCUCGACACAAGUUCCUGGAAUUACUAGACAUAGAGGAAAACCAACAGAAAAUAUCUACUCUCAACACCAGGUUCGAUAAGAUGCAUAGAGGCUGGGUCCAGAUAGACAAAGAGGGACAACCAACGCCCAGACACAAGAACAAGGCAGACAGACAGGCAGCGAUAUGGAAGAGCAAGCGCCGGGUCCGCAAGCCCAAGUCUUCGGAGCACCAGAGGUACUCCCUUGUCCAGAUGCUUUUCAAGAAUGAUUUGGACCUAGCCAGUAUCUGCCGCUGGUACAUGGAGUCAACAGAAACCCAAUCAAUGGUCAUUGUAAAGAAGGUGAACACACGUCUUCUCUCUGAGACCCAGCUGCUCUUCCCCGGUAUGUCCCAAGGGCUGUCCAAAGGGGUCUUCCCUAGCCUGCAAGCUGAGCGCUUGAAGAAACACUUGAAGAAGUUUGCCAUCGCUUCCCCUGUGAAGAGCAACCCUAAGAGCCAGAAGCUGAUUGCUAAAGCCCUGGAGCAGGAGGUCAGUACAAGUACGCCCAAAGGGAAGGAGAAGAGAGAGCUGACCACGGCCACCCGGAUCUCCACCAAAGCCUAUCUCUCCUCUGCAGAGGCACAGGCAACCGACGGCCAGAAGGCCUCAGCGAAGGCCAAGAACCCAGCCACUGCUCGGAUCCUGAGGAAGUACUCCAAUAUACGUGAGAAGAUGCAAGGUCAACAAAGCUCCAAGAAGCCAAAAGGGGCCCCAAGAAAAGUGAUCAAAGCUUCCAAAGUCAAACCCUCUAAAGCCCCAAAGACAAAAUUGACAAAACCAACUAAAUUGAAACCGGCCACUGCCCAGAGGCAGAAAUUAUCUGUUUCUGGAGAUAAAAGUGUGAAGGAGCAAAGUGUAGUCAAAACAGCGAGAGCGCAGUCAUCGCCUAGUAGAAAGACUCCAGUAAAAGCUGCUGUCCAGGAGAGAUCAGUCAAGACUAGCAGCAGCAGUAGAACCGUAAGGGAUCUCAGUAGGAAAGAGAGUGCAUCACCACAGAGGUCUACCCAAAGAGCAAUGACCCCAAAAGCACAGAAAAACACCCUUGCUCCUUCCAUCACCCCUAAAACUGACUCAAACAAACAGCAGGUUGGAGCAGAGAAGGCAGAGGUGGAAAAGAGACACUCUGAAAGUAGAGUAUCUGAGACUAAAGGCCCUGAAAGUAAAGGUGUUGAGAGCAAAGGCUCUGAAAGUGAGGUUGAGUCUCAACAGAACAUGGAUGUCAAAACGCCAGGCUCUCCUGACCAGGUACUCACAAGGUCACAAAGGAAGAUGGAGGCCACUCCAUCCCCCUCAAUCUCUCAGAGUGCAAACUCUAAGCCUGCCACAAAGAGAUCAAAUGAACCAGCUAAGAAUAAGACUCUGAAGGCUGCCACAAAGAGAAGCCAGGAGAGCACACAGAAUCCAGCCAAGCGGAUCAGGAAGAAAUAGCCAGAAAUAGCUACAGUAGUGUGCAGAAAGAACAUAACAGCCAAGCUGGUUAUAAUAAGGGGGGGGGGACUUGGCAAUGCCAACACUUUUGAUAAGCUUCAAAGGCAAAAUGCAAAUGGUGACUGGAAGAUAUUUAAAGUCUAGUGUGUUUGCUGUGUUUUCUGAGAGGGUACCUAUCAGACCAGUGUUGUUAUACAGAGGCAAAACUCCAUCUGGCCUCUGGUUUGGUAUUGUGUAAUUAUCUAACUGGGCUGUGGAGAUUAUUUUAUAAGGGUAUAUCUGCAUUGGAUACAUGUCAGAUAUUUUUUCUUUUGGUUUGAUGCUAGGUUUAUUAGUUAUUCAGACUACAGCAUGCCAUGUCCUUUUUGUUUGUCCUAGUGUUUUGUAAAGAUCACACAAGUCUCUAUUCCACGCUUUCAAUUGUUUUGUGAGGUUUAGUAAUAAUGGCAUGAGAACAUCAGUACAUUGUUGCUAAAAACAAAUAUUGAUUUUCUGUGACUGCAGCACAGCAUGGCAAGCCAAUCAUUCAUUUGAAAUUAGCCCAGGUUUCACUGAACUUCAUUCUUAGAUCUAUAGCCUCUAUUCAUCAAUGUCUCCAGCCCAUUUUGUGAUCAGAGUGAUGCGAGUGUGUGGGACUUUUUGUGAUCAGGUGCCUUAUUCAUCAGAUGUAAAGUAAUGUGUUGCUAACAGGUGAAGCCUCAAUUCUCUGGCCAUUGCACAGGCACACACUGUAGGAGGAGAAAGGGAGUGUUCUAGAUAUGGAUUUGGUGCAGGUCUGCACACAUUGUGUCAUGUUGACUUGGUCCUUCAGAACUCUUCUCUGGGUUAUUGUAUAGAGCUGGUCAUUGGUGCUGACCUACACAACUGUGUAUCUUCAUGCACAACUUCCCUCCAUGUGUUCAGUCCCACAUGUUCCCUACUCUCCUCUGUCUUCCUGCUAUAAACCCACCCUGCUUCUCAUCAUGUACUGUUUAUUUUGAAUGUGUAAAGGAGCGUCAUGGUUAAUUAUUCUAAUGAGUUCUCUUUGACGUGUUUGUUUAGUUUUAGAUUCUGGGGUUAUUUCUGUUCCUGAGCAGUAGCCUUAUAACUGUUGUUACCGUAGCUGUGUUUAACUUUCAAAAACUGUCUGAGUUCUGUUUUGAAAUUUUCACAAAUUAUUUAUUUUUCUUUGCAAUACAUGUCAGAUGUAUUAACACCUGCCUCACUUGUAUCUCUGAUCCUGUCCCUUAUAUUCUCUGAUUCUGGUUAGUUUAAUGGUGACGUUUUCCCUCUGGUGUGAUCAUUACAUGCUGUUGCAUGUGCUUUAGCUACCUGUAGUGUUUACAUUUAAAUGCUUGUUUCUCCAGUCUUUCACCUGUGCAGCAACGGCCCACUCUUGAAGUGCAGUAUUCACCUCAACUAUUUCUUAUUAAACAUGUAUUUGUUUGUUCUUUCUGAAAACUAGCUUUUGUUGCAGAAACUUUGACUAAGACUAUGCAUGUUACCUUUCCUCUCUGGGUCGUGUACUGAAUGAGCAUUAAAGACUGAUGAUAAACCCUUGAAAGACAUGCCAUUGGUCACCUGUUUUGGAAGGGGGUCACUUUAAGGUCUGCUGUUUGAGAGCAGAUACCAGGGAAUGAUGCUACAGUACAUAGGGCCACAGGUUGUAUCUAAUGUUAGAUGCAUAUGUUUUGCCCAUACUUUGUGAGCUUGUAUGGUAGGGUGUGUUUACCUGUUAUUUGGACUAUAUUGCAGUAUACUGACCCCUGGUGACCAUAUAUAAAAAUUGUUGGAGAAAAAAAGUGUUUGUGAAUGAUCAGUCUGUACUAUAUCCAAAUGUUAUAGAAAUAACCUGUCUGCCAUGUUUUAUUUUUGUGUAUUUUAUUUCUCAGAUAGUUAUUUUAUUUCAGGAAUACGUUUUCUUGAUGCUUCUGUACUUCAGCAAUAGCCUGACCUCCGUUUGUCAAAAGAAAGAAGACAUUUUAGGACAGUUUUAUUUUUAUUAUGGUUAUUUCACUUUAAAAGUAAUAAUUUGUAAAUGCAAAAAGGUAUAAUUCAUGUUUUAUAUUGUUAUUUAAGAAACCCCUCUAGAUAAAUGCAUACAGUAGAUCUACAUGAAGCAGUCCACCAAAUAUCAAACUUGAACACGUUUUAUUCUUUACUGUGGAUAUUUAUAGUUUGGGAUUCUGUAUAUUGGAAAAUAAACAACUGAUGUAUUUGUGUUAAUCCCAAUAAUGAGACAUAUUUGAAGUUAGUGACUUUGUAUUCUUGCUGGAGUUGAUAUAAAGAUGUUUGAAUUGUA